AUGGGCGCCGGCUUCGAGCUUCGCAAUUUUACAUCGAACUCGACGGAGGUGAUUGCUGCGUUAGAUGGCGUUGACUUCGAUAAGGUUAUUGGGAUAAAGAAUGGUCUGGGCACUGAGCGGGUACUGCGUUUGCAUUGGCACUCCACGACUGACAACUUCAAAUUUGGACUCAAAUUCAGUAACGUGAGUGAAGCGGUGAUGAGCGGUACUAGAUGUCCUACGAAGAGGGAGCUCCUCAGUGUGGUCAUGUCCAUAUUUGAUCCGCUGGGGCUCCUGGGUAACUUUGUUGUCGGGGCGAAGCUGUUAAUGCGAGAGGUGUGGAGGCAUGAAACGCGCUGGGAUGAACCACUUCCAGUAAACAUUGCUGCGUCAUGGGAAAAGUGGCGGAGGCAACUGCCAUCGGUAGUCAGGUAUACCUGUCCUCGAUUCUACUUCCGCAAUGGUGCGCCGGAAACACUACAGUUACACACAUUUGUCGACGUCAGCGAGAAUGCCUUUGCUGCCGUCACGUAUUGGAGAGCCAAGAACGCUCGUGGUGAGGUAGAGGUUGCCUUCAUUUGCGCGAAAUCUAAGUGCGCUCCAUUGAAGCCGCUUACCGUACCGGGCUUAGAGCUGCAAGCUGCCGUAUUAGGAAUGCAUCUACAGCAAGCCGUAUGCGAAGCACACUCCUUUAAACCAAACAAACGUCUCCUUUGGUGUAAUUCAACGACGGUCAUCAAAUGGGUUCGAAGCAAGCACCGUAAAUAUAAGCCGUUUGUUCAGCACAGAAUUGCUGAAGUUUUAGCCACCACGCAAGUGUCCGAGUGGCGAUGGAUACCCACGGCAGAAAACGUGGCCGACGAAGCCACGCGCGCGAACCAUGCAAUCGUGUUUGGACCUACUGUGCGCUGGGUACUAGGCCCGUCGUUUCUGCGAGAAGAGGAGCAAGCCUGGCCCUCCGAAGAUGCAGUUUCCCCCGACUCAGAUGAGUACGAUGAAGAACUACGACCACAACACGCAUUAACCAUCGUUGUUGAGGACCACAGCCUGGGUUAUACUGUUCGUCAAAACCUGUCACCGAAUUCAAAUUAA